AUGCCUGCAGAAGAUCUCAUGGAAUAUAAAGAACCAGUUUACCCGAUUUCACCUGAGAAGGUGUGCCCAGAUGGUUUCAGGCGUAUUGAGGACUCGUGUUUCUAUAUCGAGAUGGAAAAGCUUAGCUAUGAUCAAGCUGAGAAGAGAUGUUCGGAUAAGGGCGGUUCCUUGUUUGCUCCGGUAUCUCAAGCACAAUGGAAUCACUUGCAGGAUGAGGUGACAUCAAUGACUCCACCCUAUUUCUGGACAUGGACUGGCAUCAAGAAAACCACGCCGACGGAAGAUCCACACUUCAAGAUUGAAGGAGCAAUGGAUGCGUCGUCAGUGAACUGGUUGAUGAGACCGUACUCGGACGCUUCAAACGGCUGGUCGUCAAUGGCGACAUGUGCUGCCUUCUACAACAUGGAAAAAUCAACGAGCAAUUAUGUCUACUUUUAUCCAUGCUCACUACAGUACCACUCAGUCUGUCAAACAGGUCUCAUGGACCCCGUGGUCAGCAACCAGUUGAGGCGAAUGCGCUUCAAACUUCGUCACCGCUACUGA